CACAAUCAUAUAUAGUUCAUAUAUAUUGCAAUAAUGUCGACUGGUUUGGCAAAGAGAAAGAUGGUGACAGUGCUAAGCAUCGAUGGAGGUGGCAUUCGGGGCAUAAUUCCCGGUACCCUCCUAGCCUUUCUUGAAUCCAAGCUUCAGCAACUGGAUGGCCCCAGUGCAAGAAUUGCAGAUUAUUUCGACAUAAUUGCCGGAACAAGCACCGGCGGCCUUGUCACCACCAUGCUUACAGCUCCCAACAAAGACAAUCGACCCAUGUACGAAGCAAAGGACAUCAACAACUUCUACUUAGAUCACACUCCUAAGAUUUUCCCUCAAAAAAGUCGGAAUGACUUCAUGACAUCAAUAACAAGCAUGGUUGGUGCGGUGAAGGGGCCAAAAUAUGAUGGGAAGUACCUGCGGGCAUUGACGAAAGGGCUGCUUGGUGACCUCACUCUCAAACAAACCCUAACCAAUGUGGUUAUUCCAGCUUUUGAUAUCAAUUACCUUCAGCCUGUGAUCUUCUCAACCAUCGAUGCAAAAGAAAAAAGUGAAAAAAAUGCUAAGCUUUCGGAUAUCUGCGUCAGUACCUCUGCUGCUCCCACCUUUCUCCCGGCACAUUACUUCGAGGUCAAGGAUAACGAGGGAAAAACUCGACCAUUUAAUCUUGUCGAUGGUGGUGUUGCUGCAAACAAUCCUACGAUGAUGGCCAUAAGCCAUAUCAACAGAGAGAUGUUGAAGAACAAUUCGGAGCCAAUGUACGCAACGAGGUUGCAAGUGUUAUCGUUGGGCACCGGCUCAGCCAAACAUGAAGGGAAGUACGAUGCAGCUAGGGCUUCCAGAUGGGGUUUGCUCAAUUGGAUGUUUGACAAUGGGAGCACACCUUUGGUAGACAUUUUUGGUGAUGCAAGUUGUGAUAUGGUUGACUUUCAUGUGUCCACCCUCUUCGACUCCCUUCAGGUCAAGGACAACUAUCUACGUAUUCAGGAAGACUCAUUGACCGGCGACGAAGCAUCGGUUGAUGUAGCGACUGAGAAGAAUCUAAGGAGGCUUGUGGAGAUUGGGGAGGCACUAUUGAAGAAGCAAGUGUCACGAGUGCAAUUCGAUACUGGAAGGUAUAAGACAUCGGAGGGAGAGGGUACCUACGAAGACGCAUUAACCGUUUUUGCUAAAACGCUCUCGGAGGGAAGGAAGCUCAAUAAAACAACUCAAAGUCCAAUAGAAAUAGCAAUAUCUAAUUAAUUUUACUUUGAGUAAUUCACAAUUUGUCAUUUUAGGUUUUCGUUCAAUUUCAAUGUUUACGUCUUUCAAUUUUAUACAAUAACUCAA